AUGCUCAACCCGCACACCUCCGCAGCCAUUGCGCAGGUUGUCUUUUACGCGCCCAUGGUGCCCGUCGUCAUCUACCUCUUCUCGCGCAACGCCCGAAUCCGUCCACGUAUGGCCUGGUGGCCCUUGAUUCCGUUUAGUCUAUUCCGUCUUGCUGGCGGCAUCGUCACCAUCAUCGCCGAGAAGAAGCCCGACAACGUCGGUCUCUGGAUCGCCGCGCUGACCCUCCUCAACGUUGGCGUCGUCCCCCUCAUCGUCGCCGACCUCGGCCUCACCCGAUUAAUAAUGCAAGACAACCACGCCGCCAACCCCACGUACGAGAAGCUCGCCAAGGUCCUGCGCCUCACCUUCGUCGCCGCCAUCCUCCUCCUCGCCGCCGGCGGCGGCACCGCCUCCGCCAGCGCACACAUCUCCCGCGCGCUGACCCUCGCCGGCUACGUCGUCUUCGCCGUCGAGCUGCUGCUGCUCGUCGCCAUGCAGGCGUGGUUCUUCGCCCGCAGGCGGGAGCUGCUGCGGAGCAGCCGCAGGGUGCUCUUCGCCGCGCUGGCGGCCGCGCCGUUGCUGGCGCUGCGCACCGCGUACGGCCUGCUCGAGGUCGCCGCGCAGGGGGACGCGAGAAGCGCGUGGAACCCGCUGACGGGGUCGGCGGUUGCAUUUGCGCUGAUGGCGCUGCUGCCGGAGUACGUGGUGCUGGUCGGCUGGGUGCUGAUGGGAUUCUCGAUCCCGCCGAGGCGCGAGGGUGACGGCGUGCCGGUGGACGGUGACACCCCCAAGGUCUGA